AUGUCUGAUAGACCAUCCAAAAAGCUCAAGAUGGAUUCUGAGGCCGAAAAAGUCGCAGAAGCAGCUGAAGAACAUUUGAAACAACAUCCACACCCGGUUCCAACCAAACAACCAUACGUUGCACAUGACGAUGGAGAAUUUAAAGAUUGGAUUAAACAUCAAACAACCGCUGAACAAGCACAAAAAUUGGAAGAUGGUCCAAAUAAUGCCUUUACUGGGAACAAGUUCCUGCAAAAAUAUUUCGAUAUCUUGAAAGUAAGAAGAGAUUUGCCAGUGUUUGCUCAAAGACAACAAUUCUUGGAUAUUUUCCAAAACACUCAAAUUAUGGUAUUUGUUGGUGAGACCGGUUCCGGUAAGACUACCCAGAUCCCUCAGUUUGUCUUGUACGACGACAUGCCUCAUUUGGCCGGCACCCAGGUGGCUUGUACUCAACCUAGAAGAGUGGCAGCCAUGUCGGUUGCCAAGAGAGUUGCUGAUGAAUUGGAUGUUGAAUUGGGUGAAGAAGUUGGUUAUAGUAUUCGUUUUGAAAACAAAACAAGUCCAAAGACUAUCUUGAAGUAUAUGACCGAUGGUAUGCUUUUGAGAGAAGCCAUGGAUGACCAUAACUUGUCUCGUUACUCUUGUAUUAUUUUGGAUGAAGCCCAUGAAAGAACAUUGGCCACCGAUAUCUUGAUGGGGUUAUUGAAACAAGUUAGUAUCAGAAGACCAGAUUUGAAGAUCAUUAUCAUGUCUGCCACUUUGGACGCUGAAAAGUUCCAAAGUUAUUUCAAUGACGCUCCAUUAUUGGCAGUUCCUGGUAGAACUCACCCGGUGGAAAUCUAUUAUACUCCGGAAUAUCAAAGAGAUUACUUGGAUGCUGCCAUCCGUACCGUGUUACAAAUCCACGCCACAGAACCAGAGGGUGAUGUGUUAUUGUUUCUCACUGGUGAAGAAGAAAUUGAAGAUGCUUGUCGUAAGAUUUCCUUGGAAGGUGAUGAAUUGGUUAGAGAACAAAAUUGUGGACCCAUCAAGGUAUACCCAUUGUAUGGGUCCUUGCCACCAAACCAACAACAAAGAAUCUUUGAACCAGCACCAGAGGGUGCCAAUGGGAAACCAGGCCGUAAGGUUAUUGUUUCCACCAACAUUGCCGAAACUUCUCUUACCAUUGAUGGGAUUGUAUACGUGGUAGACCCUGGCUUUUCCAAGCAAAAGGUUUAUAACCCAAGAAUCAGAGUCGAAUCCUUGUUGGUGUCCCCCAUCUCCAAGGCUUCCGCGCAACAAAGAGCCGGUAGAGCUGGUCGUACCAGACCAGGUAAGUGUUUCAGAUUGUACACUGAAGAAGCUUUCAAGAAGGAACUUAUUGAACAAUCAUACCCAGAAAUCUUGAGAAGUAACUUGGCAUCCACUGUGUUGGAAUUGAAGAAAUUGGGCAUUGAUGACUUGGUUCAUUUCGAUUUCAUGGAUCCUCCAGCUCCAGAAACAAUGAUGAGAGCCUUGGAAGAGUUGAACUACUUACAAUGUUUGUCUGAUGAGGGAGACUUGACUGCCUUGGGACGUACUGCCUCUCAAUUCCCAUUGGACCCAAUGCUUGCAUGUGUUUUGAUUGGGUCUCCUGCAUUCCAAUGUUCCGAAGAAAUCUUGACAAUUGUUGCCCUUUUGUCUGUUCCUAACGUCUUUGUUCGUCCUGCCUCAGCCAGAAAGAGAGCCGAUGAGGCCAAGAUGGCAUUUGCCCAUUCCGAUGGUGAUCAUUUGACCUUGUUGAAUGUUUUUGAAGCCUUCAACUCGGAAGAAGCCAUGCAACAUGGGUUACAUCAAUGGUGUAGAGACAACUUCUUGUCAUACCGUUCAUUGACCUCUGCCAGAAGUGUCAGAGCUCAAUUGCGUAGAAUCAUGGAAAAGCACGAUUUGGAUCUUGUUAGUCCUGGAUACGACGACCCAGAUUACUGGACGUUGGUUCGUAAGGCUCUUGCCGCUGGGUUCUUCAUGCAAGUUGCCAAGAAGAAGAGUGGUAACAAGGGGUACUUGACUGUCAAGGACAACCAAGACGUUUUGAUCCACCCUUCCACUGUUCUUGCUGCAGAAAACGAAUGGGUGAUAUACAAUGAAUUUGUGUUGACUUCCACCAACUACAUCAGAACCGUGACCAACGUCAAGCCAGAUUGGUUGGUUGAAUUGGCUCCAAAGUACUACAACUUGGACCAUUUCGGAGAUGGAGAUGUCAAGUUAUCACUCAAGAGAAUCAUCGAAAGAGUGGAAACGAUGAACAAGCAAAAGGAAAAGAAGGACAAGAAGAAGAAGUCAAAAUCAUCAUAG